AUGACCGCUGCUGGUCCCCUCUUACUGGCUGUGAUAUCGUCUCUCCUGUGGCUCACGCGGGGCUUCGACCCGGCUCCCAGCGCCUGCUCCGCUCUGGCCUCCGGCGUCCUCUACGGCUCCUUCUCCCUCAAGGACCUCUUCCCCACCAUCUCCUCCGGCUGCUCCUGGACCCUGGAGAACCCCGACCCCACCAAGUACUCACUCUACCUCCGCUUCAACCGGGAGGAGCAGGUCUGCACCCACUUCUCUCCCAUGGUGCUGCCACUCGACCACUACCUGGCCAACUACACGUGCGACCCCCGGGGCGAGGCCGCCAGCCCCCCGCCCUCCCGCCAGCGGCCCGAGGAGGAGGAGGAGGAGGAGGAGGAGGAGGACGCCGACACAUCCACUGGCAGCAGCGGCUGUGCCGUGCCUGGAGUGGAUCUGUGGGAACUCACCAGCAUCCUGCACCCGGGCAAUGCGGUCGAGGAGAACCAGAAGGUGAAGACCCAGUGGCCACGGUCAGCAGAUGAACCAGGUGUCUACAUGGCCCAGACAGGGGACCCGGCGGCGGAGGAGUGGUCUCAGUGGAGCGUGUGCUCUCUGACGUGCGGGCAGGGCUCCCAGGUGCGGACGCGCUCCUGCGUGUCCUCCCCGUACGGGACGCUGUGCUCCGGGCUGCUCCGGGAGACGCGCGCCUGCAACAACACCGCCACCUGCCCAGCAGACAGCAAGUGGGGUCCCUGGAACCACUGGAGCCUCUGCUCCAAGACCUGUGACACCGGCUGGCAGCGCCGCUUCCGCAUGUGCGAGGGCACGGGCGUGCAGGGCUACCCCUGCGAGGGCACCGGCGAGGAGGUGAAGCCCUGCAAUGAGAAGAAGUGCCCAGCCUACCAUGAGAUGUGCAAGGACGAGUACGUCAUGCUGAUGACCUGGAAGAAAACGGCUGCCGGGGAGAUCAUCUACAACAAAUGCCCUCCUGAUGCCACAGGGACUGCCAGCCGCCGGUGCCUGCUGAGCCCCCACGGGGUGGCCUACUGGGGUGUGCCCAGCUUCGCCCGCUGCAUCUCCCACGAGUACCGAUACUUGCAUCUCUCACUGCGGGAGCACCUGGCCAAGGGGCAGCGGGUGCUGGCAGGGGAGGGGAUGUCGCAGGUGGUGCGGAGCCUCCUGGAGCUCAUGGCCCGCAAGACCUACUACAGCGGGGACCUGCUCUUCUCCGUGGAGAUCCUGCGCAACGUCACCGACACCUUCAAGAGGGCCACCUACACCCCGUCCUCCGAGGACGUGCAGCGCUUCUUCCAGGUGGUGAGCUACAUGGUGGACGCCGAGAACCGGGACAAGUGGGAGGAUGCCCAGCAGGUCUCUCCUGGCUCCGUGCACCUGAUGAAGGUGGUGGAGGACUUCAUCCACCUGGUUGGGGACGCGCUGAAGGCUUUCCAGAGCUCCCUCAUUGUCACGGACAACCUGGUGACCAGCAUCCAGCGGGAGCCCGUCUCUGCCGUGUCCAGCGACAUCAACUUCCCCAUGAAGGGGCGGCGGGGCAUGAAGGAUUGGGCCCGCAGCUCCGAGGACAAGCUCUUCAUCCCCAGGGAGGUGCUGAGCCUCGCCUCUGCCGAAGCGGACGAGUCGUCCCACUUUGUCAUCGGGGCGGCCAUGGACCCCUCGGGCACCCCGUCGGUGCCACUGAUGAUCGGCUGUGCCGUGUCCUGCAUGGCCCUGCUGACCCUGCUGGUGAUCUACGCUGCCUUCUGGAGGUUCAUCAAGUCUGAGCGCUCCAUCAUCCUGCUCAACUUCUGCGUCUCCAUCCUGGCUUCCAACAUCCUCAUCCUCGUGGGCCAGUCCCAGAUGCUCAGCAAGGGCGUGUGCACCAUGACAGCCGCCUUCCUCCACUUCUUCUUCCUCUCGUCCUUCUGCUGGGUGCUGACGGAGGCCUGGCAGUCCUACCUGGCGGUGAUCGGCCGGAUCCGGACACGCCUGGUCAGGAAGCGCUUCCUGUGCUUGGGAUGGGUGUCGGCCGUGCUCGCCAUGACCGACCGGCGCUCCAUCCUCUUCCAGGUCCUCUUCGCCGUCUUCAACUCCGUCCAGGGCUUCGUCAUCAUCACCGUGCACGGGUUCCUGCGCCGAGAGGUCCAGGACGUGGUGAAGUGUCAGAUGGGGGUGUGCAGGAGCGAGGAGAAUGAAAACUCGCCUGACUCCUGCAAAAACGGGCAGGUGCAGAUCCUGACAGAUUUUGAAAAGGACGUUGACCUGGCGUGUCAGACAGUGCUGUUCAAGGAGGUGAACACCUGCAACCCUGCCACCAUCACGGGCACGUUGUCCCGCAUCUCCCUGGACGGGGACGAAGACCCCAAGCUCAACACCACGUCGGAGGGUGGCCUGGGCUUCUCCAGCCUGCCAGGGAACAUCCCUCCCACCAGCAUCCUGGUCCAGGUCCCCAAGAUGACGCCCAACGUGGUGGCAGGCCUGGGCGAGCUCGGCGACCCGCCGGCACAGCAGCUCAGCCUGGACGCGCCGGGUCCCGUCUACCUGUGCACGGAGAGCAGCCUGCGGCCCCUGGAAUACGGCUGGAUCCGGGCCCCCGAGCCCCCCCGGGAGAGCGACUACAUGAUGCUGCCCCGCCGCACCGGCAGCCUCAAGCCCUUCCCGCGGGAUGAGGGGACCCUCGGUCCCGGCGCCGACGAGGGGGUGCCCGGCGGGACAGGGCGCCCGGCGGCCGAAGGUGACACCUACCCCGGCUUCGUGGCGGUGGACCACGUCAACGUGAACUUGAACCAGCCCUACGGGACGGUGAAGGCUCCCUACGGCCUCCAGUUCAAGCAGCAUCCCACCGUGCGGCAGAUCCUGGCCUCGGAGCUGUCGGAGCGCAGCCGCACCAUGCCCCGCACCGUCCCCGGCUCUGCCAUGAAAGUGGGGUCCCUGGAGGUGAGCGGGGGGGCUGGCAUGGCCUGUGGCCACGUGUGUGGGGAGGGACACGUGUGCAGGAGCACGUGUGCAUGUGCAUGA